CGCAACAUUGCCAGCAUCUUCCUCUCUCGGACAAUAUAGGUCCCCAAAUAUGAAAACGCACAAGUGUGUCGCCAUGACCGCCGUCGACGCCGGAGCUACUGACCUGAAAGCACUAAUACACGAGAACGGCGUCUUCUUUGACAAGUUGGUAAAUCUCAUCCCACCCAGAUUCUACCUACCAAGCGACGACUCCAAGCCAUGGUUUCAAGGCUUGUCCAAAGCCAAAAAGGCCUCUUUCAAGCGACAGUCCAGGGAGAACCUCAAACUCGCCCGCCAUAACCGGCUCGACCCGGAGAAGAAGAUUUCCCAAUCCUCAACUCUCGACCUCCUCAUCGAGAAGCAGAAAAUCGCGAGUGGGAAUACAGACGAUAAACCUAUCGAUUUCGGCGAAGAUGAUGGUAACGAGAAUGCGGGUGAUCGUUCGGUUACCUAUGAAGAGUUGCGGCAGAGGCUCCGGAGGAAAAUCGAAUCCCUUCGUGGUAACAGAGGGGCUGGGACUGGUGAGAAAUCCGAUGAAAGAAAUUUGGUGAAGUCAGAAGGGAAGAAGCGAAAGAGGAAUGGUGAUGGAGGUGAACAUAGUGAAAAGACGGGCAAUGGGGCAAAUUCGGGGAAUGUUCUGAGUGAAAUUGAAUUUGGGAAAGUAAAGAUUGGGGACGAUGACAAGCAGGGGAAGAAUAAGAAGAAGAAGAAGAUGCCAAAAGCUAAAGAACUGGAGAGAUUGAAGAGGUUGGAAGAGGUAAAGAAGGAGAAUCCAAAGGUGGCUGAGAAACAAUCUUGGAAAGCUGCAGUGGAUAGGGCAAUGGGGGUGAAGGUCCAUGAUAACCCUAGGCUUUUGAAAGAGAGUAUGAAGAGGGAAAAGAAAAGAAAAGAGAAGAGCACUCAAAAAUGGAAGGAAAGGGUGGAGAGUAGGGAGAAAUUGAAAGAGGAGAGACAACAGAAGAGGAGGGAGAACAUUUCAGGGAGAAUCCAUGAGAAGACAAUGAGGAAAAUAGCUAAAAGGGAGAAGAAGCUUAUGAGGCCUGGAUUCGAGGGGCGCAAGGAGGAAUUCAUUACUAAGGAUUGAAGUUAAUGUGCUUAUUUCUCACAAUAAAAAUGCCUUCAUGCUUAUUUAUUUUGAAUAUCAACUUUGCUUUUCGUUACGAACUGUGCUUGUGUUAGUGUAGCUUUUAUAAAACUUUGGUUUUUAACUUUUGUCUGAAUG